AUGGCCCGCACUCGAUCCCUGAAUCCAUUCCUCUUCUUCCCAGCCCAGGUCACCAUCCUCACCUCGAUCGUGUACAUCGUCCUCUUCGCAGUGGUCAUCUGGGUGGCAGAAACCGUCCCCGCAGCGCCCUCGAACAAGACGCCCGUGGCUGGUGUGAACCUCACCGAAGCUUGGUUGGACCUCGAGAAUAUCACCAAUGGCCUCUACCACCCAUGGGGCUCCCGCGCGAACGAGCAGGUGCGGGAGUACUUGCUGAAGAAGAUUGAAGAGAUCGGAGAGAGGAACGAGGUCGAGAGGAAGACGAUAUACGCCGCCAAUGGCACGUUCACAUCCGAGACGGAGGGCGUGAAGGCUCUGAAUAUCUUUGCCAGUGACAGCUCGAAUUUCACGGGUAGUGAUGGCUGGACGAAGAGGCCGACGACGCUGUAUGGCGAGAGUGAGAACAUCCUGGUGUAUAUCCGUGGUCAAGAGGACGCGGAGGGGGACUGGUGGAAUACAACUGUGCCGUACAGGGGCUCUAGUGGAGUCCUUGUGAAUGCGCACUUUGACAGUGUUCCUUCAGGGCUUGGGGCUACGGAUGAUGGGGUGGGAGUUGUUACGAUCCUACAGCUCAUCUCGCAUUUCACGCAACGGGGGAAUCAGCCUAAGAGGGGAAUUGUGGCACUGCUGAACAACGGUGAAGAGAAUGGCUUGUAUGGAGCGAAGAGUUAUGUUCGACAUCCACUGUCGCAAUUCCCGCAUACGUUCUUGAAUCUGGAGGGCGCUGGAGCUGGUGGCCGAGCAAUCUUGUUUCGAUCCACCGAUGCAGAAGUGACAUCCUUCUACGCUAAAAGUCCGUAUCCAUCUGGAAACAUAAUCAGCGGAGAUGGAUUCAAACGUGGCUUCGUGCGUUCUGGCACUGAUUAUACACCCUUCACGGAGGAGCUGGGGAUGCGAGGGUUGGACGUGGCAUUCUACAAGCCUCGUUCACGAUACCACACCGAUGAAGAUGAUGUGAGGAAUACAAGCCCUGACUCCGUCUGGCAUAUGCUUUCGUCCGCCCUGGCUACCAUGCAAGCUCUGACUUCAUAUGAUGGGAAGGAGUUUGAGGGCACGCCGGAUAAGAGAGGGAGACUGGUUACUGGUACAGGCAGCGAUGCCGUCUGGUUCGAUGUCUUUGGUCUGGGCUUUGCUGUGGCGAAGCUCAGCACUCUCUUCGCGCUAUCUGUGACUUUGCUCGUUGCAGGCCCCGUCAUCUUGAUCAUUCUCGAGGUUCUUAUCCGAAAGAGCGACAAGUGGUAUCCGUUCGCUGGCAAACGCUACCUUCGGUCAUCCGACGAUGACGAGGCAGUGCGACUUCAUGGUCGACGAGGUUUCUUCCGUUUUCUGAUGGCCUUCGUACUUGCGACGGCGGUCACCGUAUUGCUGGGGUAUCUGCUGGCAAAGGUCAACCCGCUCAUCGUCUAUAGCAGCGAGUAUGCUGUGUUGGCGAUGUAUGGCAGCGCCUGGUUCGCGGUUGCUUGGUUCGUUCUCAAGGGGGCAUCAAGCAUCAGACCUACCGCACUUCAGCGUAUGUUCGUUCUGAUCUGGCUUUACGUCCUCUCCUGGGUCUUGCUGGUCUUGACGACUGUGGGCGAGAAUAACCUACAUCUCGGCAGCGGUUACUUCUUCGUCAUCUACAACGCUUCCGUAUUCGUGGCUUUGCUGAUUUCGUAUCUCGAGCUCUUCGUGCUACCGAAUGUUCAGAAGUACGUUGAACAUGUGCUUGGCGUGCAGGGAGACGCGGCUUCUACGAGACCUGGCAGCCGAUCGUCAAGAAACCUCUUGGACCAGGGCGACAAUGCGAAUGACGAUGGAGAAGCGACUGAACGAACAUCACUCCUUCGCGGCAGGACGAAUAGGACAAAUCAGAACACAUUCACUGGCGUGAGUCGACGACGAGCAGACCGAGAUGAAGUUCCGGACGAUGUGGACGACCCGUAUUUGAGCAAGCACUACAUUGAUGAGCAAGCAUGGUCCAGCUCUCUGCCGCAGUGGACGUGGCUUCUGCAGUUGAUUUUCUUGGCGCCUAUCAACAUCAUCAUUGUCGGCCAGAUCUUGCUGUUAUUGACAGCUUCGAUUAACCAGACGCCCGCGGAUGGCAAUGCGGUUUUGCCAGUGUACCUCUUGACGGCUGUGCUGACCGUUCUCUUGCUCUUGCCACUAACGCCCUUCCUGCAUCGGAUUACGUUUCAUGUUCCGACUUUCUUGUUCCUUAUCUUUCUUGGAUGCUUAAUCUAUAAUCUAGUCGCCUUUCCAUUCUCCAGAGAAGCUCGACUAAAGUACUUCUUCGUUCAAGAAAUGGACCUGGACAGCGGCGUGAACAAUGUCACACUGCUCGGAGUUGAUGGCUUCUUGCAAGACAUUAUCGAAGAGUUUCCUAGUGCUGCCGCUCAGAAGCUAAAUUGUGCUGAGACAGCCGUGGCCAACAGGAACGGACUCGCAGAAUGCAGCUGGCAUGGUCUUCCACCGAAUGUCGUUCCAAGGAAAUACAACGGUCUUCCAUCGAAUUCCACCCACAAAGACUGGAUCCACUUCAACGUGACGAAACAUGGCAACUCGGCGUCAUUCAGUCUGCAAGGACAGAAGACCAAGAUCUGCCGUUUAUACUUCGACGACCCAGUUUCCAGCGUCGCUGUGGAAGGCGGGGCAUCCGACGACCGGCAACCGAACGUCCCAGAAGGCGGCAGCAACCAAGUACAUCUUUUCUCUCGAACCUGGGAUAAGACAUUCCGAGUGAACGUGACCUGGGACGAGGCUCAGGCGAAGGGCCAGACAGGUCGGGUAGCGUGUUUCUGGAGCGAUGCGAACCAGCCUGGGACCAUACCUGCGUUUGAUGAAGUACGUCGAUUCGAGCCGGUGUGGAGCGCCGUGACCAAGCAGGAGGAUGGGUUGUUCGAGGGUUGGAAGGCGUUCUCGAUAUGA